AUGUACUUCGGUGUUAAAAUUUUUCCGCCGCAGAAUCAGAUUUUCAAUGCCUUCAAUCUCACGCCACUUCAUCGAAUUCGUGUUGUACUGAUUGGUCAGGAUCCCUAUCAUGAUGAUAAUCAGGCGCAUGGAUUAUGCUUUUCGGUUUGCAAGGGUGUGAAGCCUCCACCUUCACUUAUGAACAUCUACAAAGAGUUGAAAACUGACAUUCCAAAUUUCAAGGCACCGAAUCAUGGUUGUCUUGAGUCCUGGGCUCGUCAAGGUGUCUUCAUGUUAAAUGCUACGCUGACCGUCGAAGCGCAUCGGGCGAAUUCGCAUAGUCACAUUGGUUGGCAAAAAUUCACGGAUGAGGUGAUUCGCAUCAUAUCACGCGAUUGUAAAGGCGUUGUGUUUCUGCUUUGGGGUGGAUUCGCUCAUAAGAAGGAAUAUCUCGUGGACCGAAAGAAACACAUUGUCAUAAAAACAGCGCAUCCAUCACCGUUAAGCUCACGUUUGUUCUUCGGUUGCAAAUGUUUUUCUCGAACCAACGUAGCACUCAUAAAGCUUGGCCAGCCUGCUAUCGAUUGG